AUGGGUAGAGAGAACCACAAGUCAGCCGCGCUCGGGGCCCGAAACUCGCCGUCGAGAAUCUCCCCGCCGCCGAUCAACACCACCCAGCAGCCACUGCUCCACCGGUCAAGCAUGGUCGGCGGAGCCUGCGGGGGCGGUAGGGCGCUCCGGAGAGUCGACAGCGCCCCGAGGCCGACGCUGUGCAGGAGCGACGCCAUGAAGAAGCAGAAGAAGAGGAGCAAGCGGUCCAGGCUCUCCGCCGCGCUGCGGGAGCUCAAGCUGGCCGCCAAGGCCAGGGACAAGGACGGCCUCCUGCAGAUCCUCGUCACCGGGCACCGCGCUAGCCGCGACGACGGCGCAGCCGGCGGAACAUCGACGGUGGCCGACACGGGUGCCGAACAGCACGCUCGGCCCUGGACGCAGCGAGGUGGCGCCGAUGCUGCCGCGGAAGCCGGCGGUGGUCCACUUCUCGACUCCGGGAGGCCGGUGCCAUCCGGGGGAGCCUGCGGUCGGCGUUGCGCGAGCUGGGUGCUGGCCGCGGCGUUCGUGUUCGCCCUCGCGUGCGUGGUGGCGCUCGGGACGGCGCCGGCCAUCUGCUGCUGCACCUGCGCCGCCUGGCUGUGCGGCGGCCGCGCUGCGAAGGAGAAUGCAUCAGACUCCGCGGGCGCCGUCCUGAGGCUGAGGGGCUCCUGCCGUGGCCGCGCCACGAGAGCGAUAGUACAACCACAAGUCGGUAGUAGGACGCUGUACAAGGCAGAGGUCGCCGGUGGGUGAGCCGUAUGGAUUUUUUGUUUCUCAAAACGAGCGAUCUCCAUUUUUUCUGUUAAGAGUAUCUCCUGUCACCUCUCCAGUCUCCACACCGCCGUAGAGGGCACCAUAAUCGAACGCUCGUUUUCUGAUCGAA